AGGAAAUCGAGAAAAAGAAAACCCUUGAACAGGGGCCCAAAGAGAGAGAGAGAGAGAGCGAAGAGAGAGAGAGAGAGAAAGAGAGGGUCGUGGCGAUAUCCUCGAAUCCUCGCGUCGAGUCGCGACACCUCCCGUUCAACGGCCGGCGAAAGCCCUAAAAACUCGCGGUCCUCCCACGCCGUCUCCCGUCUCCGAAUCCGCCCAAGAAUCGGCGCCCCUCGGCCUACCUAUCUCCCCCGAACAUCCUCCGGUGCGGGUGUCGUUUGAUGCACGCACUCGCCCCGUCUUAUGACUUGGAAUCAGAUCUCGGGCCGUUUUGCCCUAGCUUUUGGAAUCUGAGCUGCUCUCUGGGUUUCUCGGGCUCCACAGGGGGGACUUUUGCUUCCUUCUGGAGGGGAAAUCGGAGAAUGCAGCAUGGUUAGAGGAUUAUAAGGUUUCGGGACUUUGGAAGGUCUUCUCGAGAGAUUGGGCGGCUUCCUGUUCAAGUGGCUGAUUUUUAUGUAAUUUACAGGUGGCUCGUUGAAGAUGGCAUCUAGAAAGUACAAAUCUUUUGGAGAUGAAACUUCUGUCAGUAUGGCACCUUUGAAUUUUUCUGAAAGGGUGCUUGAGAAGGUCAAUCCUGUCAACCAAAAGAAUACAUCAACCUUCCCGGUGGAGGCUGAUGUAGAUAUUGACAUUAGGGAAGUGUACUUCUUGAUUAUGCACUUUUUAUCAUCUGGUCCAUGUAAGAGGACUUAUGGACAGCUUUGGAAUGAGCUUUUGGAGCAUCAACUUCUACCCAGAAGAUAUCAUGCUUGGUAUUCACGUUGUGGUGCACGAAGUGGUGAUGAAGAUGAUGAUGGCAUGUCUCUGCCUCUUUGCUAUAUAAAGUUGGCCGAGAGGUACCCUCAUGUAGAAAAGGAUCACUUAAUAAAGCUAUUGAAACAAUUGAUUCUCAAUUCAACUCAUUUACCGGGCGUGAUUGGAGGAGUUUCAAAUGCUGCUGAUGUUCCUACACUUCUGGGAUCUGGUUCCUUUUCUCUUCUUGAAUCUGACAAGGAUAGAGAGGAUAAAGGAGCCAGUAAGUUGCCAGGUUAUCUGCGUUGGCCACAUAUGCAGGCUGAUCAGGUCCAUGGGUUAGGAUUAAGGGAGAUAGGUGGUGGUUUCACAAAACACCAUCGUGCUCCAUCUAUUCGUGCAGCAUGUUAUGUCAUUGCGAAACCAUCAACUUUGGUGCAAAAAAUGGAGAUAUUAAAAAAGUUGAGGGGACAUCAGAAUGCCGUCUAUUGUGCUACAUUUGAUCGCUCUGGGAGGUACGUUAUAACGGGUUCUGAUGAUCGACUUGUGAAGAUCUGGUCAAUGGAAACUGCAUUUUGCCUGGCUAGCUGCCGAGGACAUGAAGGCGACAUAACUGACCUGGCUGUCAGUUCAAAUAAUGCUGUGGUGGCAUCUUCUGCAAAUGACUUCAUCAUUAGAGUUUGGCGUUUACCUGAUGGACAUCCAAUAUCAGUGUUGAAGGGGCAUGCUGGAGCUGUGACUGCUAUUGCCUUUAGUCCCAGGCCUUCGGCUGUUUACCAGCUGCUUUCAUCGUCUGAUGAUGGUACAUGCCGUAUCUGGGAUGCCAGGCAGUCACUUGCCAAGCCACGAAUUUACAUCCCAAAGCCUCCAGAUUCUUUAACUGGAAAGGGCACUGAUCCUUCUAGUGCUGGUCAACAAACACGUCAAAUCUUGUGUUGCGCAUUUAAUGCUAAUGGAACCGUAUUUGUCACUGGUAGCUCAGAUACAUAUGCCCGGGUAUGGAAUGCUUGUAAGAGCAACACUGAUGAUUCUGAACAACCAAAUCAUGAAAUGGACCUUCUAUCUGGUCACGAGAAUGAUGUCAAUUAUGUGCAAUUCAGUGGCUGUGCUGUGGGGUCUAGAUCUUCGAUAGCUGAUGCUUUGAAGGAAGACAGUCUUCCUAAGUUCAAGAAUUCCUGGUUCACUCAUGAUAAUAUUGUUACCUGUUCUCGUGAUGGCAGUGCAAUUAUUUGGAUUCCAAGAUCUAGACGAUCUCAUGGGAAAGUUGGCCGGUGGACUCGUGCUUAUCAUCUUAAAGUUCCUCCCCCGCCUAUGCCUCCACAACCUCCACGUGGCGGUCCACGUCAGAGAUAUCAACCAACUCCUCGUGGUGUUAACAUGAUAGUUUGGAGUUUGGAUAACCGAUUUGUGCUUGCUGCUAUCAUGGAUUGCAGAAUAUGUGUUUGGAAUGCUUCUGAUGGCAGCCUGGUUCAUUCAUUAAUUGGUCACCAGGAAUCUACAUUUGUUCUGGAUGUCCAUCCUUUCAACCCACGGAUAGCUAUGAGUGCUGGCUACGAUGGGAAAAUGAUUAUUUGGGAUAUAUGGAAGGGCAAGCCUGUACGGAUUUAUGAAACUGGCCAUUAUAAGUUGGUUGAUGGUAAAUUUUCACCGGACGGGACUUCAGUUAUUCUCUCAGAUGAAGUUGGACAAAUAUUUAUAGUGGCAACAGGGCAAGGAGACUCUCAGAGAGAUGCACAAUAUGAUCAGUUUUUCCUUGGAGAUUAUCGUCCCCUUAUGCAAGAUACGAAUGGAAAUGCUUUGGAUCAGGAGACUCAGCUUACACCACAUUGGAGGAAUAUUCAGGAUCUCCUUUGUGAUUCAAGCAUGAUCCCAUAUCCUGAACCUUACCAGAGUAUGUACCAGAGGCGCCGUUUAGGCAUCCUAGGUAUGGAGUGGCGUCCAACUUCAUUAAAACUUGCGGUUGGUCCAACUUACAAUGUUAACACUGGCGAUUUUCAACCGCUACCAAUUACGGACCUAGAACAAUGGGUUGAGCCUUUACCACAGGUUGUGGAUGCGGUAGAUUGGGAAAUAGAAAAUGACAUGCAGAGUGAUGACACUGAUUCUGAAUAUAAUGUGACUGAAGAAUAUUCAACUGAAGGAGAACAUGAAAGUUUGAGCAACAGUUCUUGUGAAGAUGUAGAAAUCAGCGCAGAGGACAACAGUGUUGACCAUGAUGGAAAAGAGGGCCUUCGGAGAUCUAAAAGGAAGAAGCACAAAUCUAGAGCGGAGUUCACAACUUCUUCUGGUAGGCGGGUUAAAAGAAGAAACUUGGAUGAGCAUGAUGGUGCUACUGUAUCGAGGGCUCACAGGCUUGGGAGGUCAAGAAAUGGACAUUUGACAAGAAAGAAAUCUAUUAAAUCAGAGCCACUGCGACCACAGAGAAUUGCUAAAACUAAUGCUCUCACUUUCUUUUCUAAGAUAACUGGUGGUUCUACAGACGGAGAAGAUGAAGAUGAACCGGACAGCAGUUCCUCGGAAAGUGAAUCAGCAUUUCCAGAUUCAAAUAUUCAGAGCAUUGAGUCUGAAAGGUCAAUGCUAAAUAACCAACUUAAUCAUUCAAAGGACAAUCGUGACUUAAGAGAUGGAUGUGAAGGUGCUGUUAAACCUUCUCAGACCAUUGAAACUCAGACAAAUUUGAUAAGUAAGAGGAGGUUGGUCCUUAAGUUGCCACCUCGUGAGCCAAGAACAGUUGUUUCUGGAUAUGCAAGACCUGAAUGCCACAAACAGGAUGGUGCAUUGGUUUCAUUGCCUGUAACUAAUCCUGAUGUCACUAACUUGAAUAGAACCAACGGAAGUGAGACAGCUCAUCUAAUCAGACAAACUGAGACGUCAAGUCACAAUAAUUCUUCAGCAGAUCGCCAGCACAGUACAAUCAAAUGGGGGGAAGUAAAGCAGCGCUCCUCAAAACGUCCAAAAUUGGGUGACAUGGCUACAGAUGUUUGGCCUGUAGCAAAUAGGUGCCCAGAUGGUUCUGGCUUAGUUCGUAAUGACAUUAAUGUACAUGCCAAAUUGGAGGAUGAGUGUGGACCCUCUAAUUCUAGGACGCAAGCUAAUGAAAAUGGUUGUGGGAGAAUUGUAUACGAGUGUGAACAAGUGGAUGAUGUCCAUGGAAUAACUGGUACCAGGGUUGACGUUUUUUCUCCUGAAAAGAACUCUGGUUCCUUAGUUCAUCAACAGUUAUCAACUUACAUCAGCGAGCAGGAUCAGGUGGCACCUCCAAUGACUUGCAAUGACAAUAGAAAUGAUCCAGUUGUGCUGGUGGGCAAAGACCCUAUGAGCAGUGAUCUCAGAGAUUUAAAUAUAGCAUUUAAAGGGCCUGAAAUGUUUUCAAUCAAAAAUGAAAAUUUGUUUGGCACUACUAAUAAUGUUGAUGAAAACCAGCAAGUGGAGAAAAAUGUGAAGACUAUCUAUCCAAAGCUACGGAUCAAGUCAAGGGAAUUAGUGCAUGAUGCUACUAUUUCAUCCUCGAAGUUAAAAUCUAUUACACUUGAUGGUUGCAGUCCUGAGGGUGAUGUACUGUCAAACAGUGCAGCCUCAACUGGACGAAAUCUAAUUUCUGUUGCAGAAAUGGAGGAUGAAGAAACCAGUGGGAGGUAUACAGACCAUGGGAAAUGGAAUAGCAGAUCAGAAAGUUCAGAAGGGUGGACAAGUGUAAAUGCCAGAUUAUCCAUUUCUCACGAUUCCAAGAAGAUGGAUUUAGAAUCCCAUCAUAAAAUGUACAAUGCUGUUUAUAAGAGGACAAAGUCAUCCCGGGAAAGAAAAAGUUCUGGAGCUGACAUUCAUAUUAAGGAAGAAACUACAUCAGACUCCAAUGACCAUGGCGGAGAUGUAAAGGUGGAGCUAGGUGGUACCUUUGACUGUGCUCGCAGAACAAGAUCCAUGGGCACAAGGGCACCCAGGAAUGAGUUAACUUAUAACAUGAGUAAUUUUAAAGUGGACAAAUCCUAUGGCUCUUUAGGAGAAUCUACAAGUGCAGGAAGAUCUAAAUCAUGUGCCCAUGAUCAACUUAACGAAUGGGUGUCUACUUCAAAAAUGACUGUCGGUUUAAGAUCAAUCAGAAACAGAAGGGAAAACUACAAAUUCACUGAACUCAGACCUUUAGAUAAAAGAGGUUACCACCAACCGAUUCGGAAACUAUCAUGGCUGAUGUUGUUAGAGCAUGAGGAGGGUUACAGGUAUAUUCCCCAGAAAGGUGAUGAGGUUGCUUAUCUGAGGCAGGGCCAUAAAGAGUAUAUUGAAAGUUCUGGUACACCAGAAGCAGGUCCCUGGGAAUCAGUAAAAGGUUUAAAAGCAGUAGAGUUUUGCAAAGUUCGAGACGUUGAUUACGCCACACUUCCUGGAUCUGGUGAUAGUUGCUGCAAACUCACCCUCAAAUUCCUAGAUCCUUUCUCCAGUGGCUAUGGUAAAGCUUUCAAAUUCACUUUGCCUGAGCUCACUGGUUUUCCAGACUUCCUUGUGGAAAGAACACGUUAUGAUGCUUCCAUAGAGAGAAAUUGGACCCACAGAGAUAAGUGCCAUGUCUGGUGGAGGAAUGCAAAUGGAGAUGGUGGGGGCUGGUGGGCGGGUCGGAUCUUGGCUGUAAAGCCUAAAUCUUCCGAAUUUCCAGAGAGCCCAUGGGAGAGAUAUGUAAUACAGUACAAAGAUGACUCUUCUGGCCACCAUUUCCAUAGCCCAUGGGAGCUUAAUGAUACUGAUAGCCAGUGGAAACACCCAUGUAUCGAUGAUGACACGAUGGAUAAUCUGUUAAAAUCUAUUGCUAAGAUAGAACAGGCAUCAAUGAGAAAUGAGGACUACCAUGGCAUUCGGAAACUGAAUCAAGUGGCACAAAAGUCUGAUUUUAUAAACAGGUACCCUGUUCCGCUCUCUCUUGAGGUGAUCAAGAGGAGACUUGAAAACUGCUACUACCGCACUAUGGAUGCAGUCAAGCACGAUGCCUAUGUGAUGAUUUCAAAUGCCGAGUCAUACUUCAGCAGGAGUGCAGACAUGAUGUCAAAGAUGCACCGGUUAUCGGAAUGGAUCAUGCGAACGUUUCCAUCGUCAUAGUGACCAACUGACAGUGACAGUUUUGUAGCAGUCUCUUUUAUAAAGGUUUAAGCCUGCUUGCUGCUUAACUGUAGAUAAAUUCUAUUCCAACAUUUUGUUUCAUUGCCCAUAGAUCUUUUUUCUUUCCUGGGGAAAUUGGUGUUCGGUUGGGUGAUUGUUUUGAUACAAAAGGUUGUUCGAAGGGGAGUGGAAGAGCUGGCCGAGGAAGAUUAUCUGCCAGAAUUCAUUUGUGUAUAGACCCUUGCUUUACCAUCCACAAUAAAAAAAAAAGUAAUAGAAUUGGUAGCUUUUGAUGUUCUAA